AUGGUCAGCGGCAUCACCCCACCCUCCACGAGGGCAUCCGUCAUGGUGCCGCCCGGUGCCUCCCCGCCCUCCCGCUGCGUGACCCCCGGAUCCCUGCCCUUCCGCCCCGCGCACACUCGACCGGGCCAGUCGCACGCCAGUCGCCCGGUCACCUGCCAGGGCGCCAGCACGGCCCCUGCCAGAACGGGGCUGGCUACACCGGAUGACAGCCCCACCCACUUCCCCCGCGGGAAGCACUGGCAGGUGCACAAGUUUGGGGGCACGUGCCUGGCGACCCCGGAGCGCAUCGACGCGGUGUGCCGGUACCUGACCUCGCCCGAGGCGGCGGGGGAGCGCAGGUUGGCGGUUCUGUCGGCCAUGGGUUCCCACCCCUCCUCCCCCGUCAAGGUUACCGACCUGCUGCUGGCCAUGGUGGCCAAGGCGGGGCGCCGCGACGAGAGCUACCUCCUGGAGCUGGCCGCGCUGCAGCAGAAGCACGUGGCCGCCGCCGCGACACUGCUGGGCGCCGACUCCCCCGCGCUGGUGGAGUUUGUGGCCGGGCUGGAGGCUGACAUGGCCGACCUGCGCUCCAUCCUGCACACCCUGGCCAUCGCGGGGAUGUCGGCGGAGCCCUUCGAGGACUACGUGGCAGGGCACGGAGAACUGUGGUGCGGACGCCUGGCCGCGGCGCGCUGCCGCCAGCUGUGCGCCGACGCGGUCUUCCUGGACGCGCGCGACGUGCUGACCGUGCGCGACACCGCCGACGGCGCGUCGGUGGACGUCGAGUACGACGCCAGCGACGCGCGGCUGGACGCGUGGGCGGCGGCGCAUGGCGCGCCGCCCCUGCUCCUCGCCACGGGCUUCGUGGCGCGCAACCCGGCGGGCCAGGCCACCACGCUGAAGCGCAACGGCAGCGACUACAGCGCCACUAUCUUCGGCGCCCUGCUCCGAGCCGGCGCCAUCACCAUCUGGAGCGACGUCAAUGGCGUCUACUCUGCAGACCCGCGCAAGGUGCCCGAGGCGGUGUGCCUCCGCCACCUGUCCUAUCACGAGGCCUGGGAGAUGUCCUACUUCGGCGCCAACGUGCUGCACCCGCGCACCACCCUCCCCGCCAUGAAGUUUGGCAUCCCCAUCACCUCCCGCAACUUCUUCGACCUGUCGGAGGCCGGGACGAUGAUCAGCGACGGCAGCAUCCCGCAGGCGGAGGGCGUGGACCUGACCGGGGUCAAGGGCUUUGCCACCAUUGACGGCGUGUCGCUGGUGAACGUGGAGGGCACGGGCAUGGUGGGCGUGCCCGGCACGGCCUCGGCCAUCUUCGCCACCAUGCGCGACGCGGGGGUGAACGUGAUCAUGAUCUCCCAGGCCUCCUCGGAGCACUCCAUCUGCUUCGCGGUGAAGGCCGCGGACUCAGUGCGCGCGGUGGACGCCCUGCGCGCCCGCUUCCAGGAGGCCAUCGCGGCGGGGCGCAUCUCCUGCGUCGCCGCGCUGGACGACUGCUGCGUGCUGGCGGCGGUGGGCAGCGCCAUGGCCAGCCGCCGCGGCGUGGCAGCCACCAUGUUUGCCGCGCUGGCCCAGGCCAACAUCAACGUGCGCGCCAUCGCGCAGGGCUGCAGCGAGUACAACAUCACCGCCCUGAUCGACGCGCGCGAGUCGGCCGCCAAGCUGCGCGACGAGUACCACCUGGACAUCCGCGUGCUGGCCAUCGCCUCCUCCAAGCGCAUGCUGCUGUCCGACGACGCCAUCGACCUGGCCGCCUGGCGCGGCGAGCUGGAGGCGCGGGGCGAGCCGCUGGACGAGGAGCGCUUCGCCGCGCACCUGUCCGACAACUUCAUCCCCAACGUGGUGGCCCUGGACUGCACCGCCGCUGAAGGGCCCAGCGAGCGCUACCUGGAGUGGAUGCGGCGCGGCAUCCACAUCAUCACCCCCAACAAGAAGAUGAACAGCGGCAGCCUGGAGCGCGCAUUCUGCUGCCUGCCGGUCAUCGCCACGCUGCAGCACCUGGUGCAGUCGGGGGAUCGGGUGCAGCGCAUCGAGGGCAUCUUCUCCGGCACCCUCUCCUACAUCUUCAACACCUUUGGCACGGACGAUCGCCCCUUCUCCGAGGUGGUCAAGGAGGCCAAGGCGGCGGGGUACACCGAGCCCGACCCUCGCGAUGACCUGGCGGGGACCGAUGUGGCGCGCAAGGUGACCAUCCUGGGUCGUGAGGCGGGCCUCCCCCUGGAGCUGGACGACGUGGCGGUGGAGUCGCUGGUCCCCGCCCCGCUGCGCAGCCUGCCCACCGCCGCCGACUUCCUGGCGCGCCUGCCGGAGCACGAUGCGGAGAUGGACGCAGCCCUGCAGGCGGCGCGCGCGGCGGGCGAGUGCCUGCGCUUUGUGGGCGUGGUGGACGUGGCGGGGCGGGAGGGGCGAGUGGAGCUGCGGCGCUACCCCACCUCCCACCCCUUUGCGCAGCUGUCGGGGCAGGCAAGCAUGCCCGUACGGCUGGCCUUCAGGGGGGCGCCCCUGAACCUGGCACCCAAGGCCGCGCCACACCGACCCCGUGCCGUGCGAGCACGUCGCGUUGCCCCCCGGGCCGAGGCUACUCAGGUGGGAUCCACCUACGCCAACGCCCUGAUCGAGGCCGCUCAGGCCGAAAACUCCCUGGAGGAUGUGCACUCCGAUGUGGAUGCCCUGGCCGGGCUGCUGAGGGAGAACAAGGACAUCGCGGAGUUCCUGUCCAACCCCACCAUCCGCGUGGAGGCCAAGAAGGAGCUGCUGAAGCGGGUGGGGGGCGAGGUCGGGUUCAAGGACUACACCCUCAACUUCCUGAACCUGAUUCUGGACCGUAACAGGAUGGACUCGCUGGACGACAUCGUGGAGGCCUUCGAGACCGAGUACUGCAAGCUCACAGACACGCAGUUGGCCACGGUGCGCAGCGCGGUGAAGCUGGAGCAGGAGCAGCAGUUCCUGAUCGCCAAGAAGCUGCAGGAGCUGACGGGGAGCAAGAACAUCAAGCUGAAGCCCGUGGUCGACGAGUCUCUGAUCGGAGGGUUCAUCGUGGAGUACGGCUCCUCCCAGAUGGACCAUUCAGUGAGGGGCCAGCUGGACCAGAUCACCUCUGGCAUGAAGUCUGCCGCAGAGAAGCUCUGA